AGAUUGCUGGUAAACCUGACCCAGCCGGCCUUCCUGUGUUUCAAGAGUCACAUCCCAGAAGACAUUGCGCAAUAAUUACUUGGACCUCGAGUCCCAUUUACAGACUAUGAAGGAGGCCUUCAUAAAUGAAGACGUGUUUGCUGCCAUAACAGGAACACUUGGCGACCUUCUGAAGCUGGACUGGGAGUAUCGUCAUGAAGAGCACAGACUUCUCAUAGAGCGUCUGCUGAUACUGAUCAGGAACGUGCUGCACAUUCCCCCCAACCCGGACGCCGAGCAGAGAACUGAUGAUGAUGCCAGCGUUCAUGAUCAAGUGUUGUGUAAAGGCAAGCAGGCCUGGUCAGAAGAUGCAGAGAUGUAAGUGAGAAGAUUGUUCGAGGAGUACAGAGAUAACCCUGCAGUAUCCCUGUGUAUCCUGUUCUGAAGAUUGAGCCGUGCAGGGCCAUGGAGAGAAGAAGACGAACUGGAACUGAGGGAACUGUAUGAGAAACACCGGGAGGCUGAUGACCCAGUUGGUGGAAUCCUAUCGGAGAUGUGCAAGCGGUGCAGUCGUCCCAAGAUCAUGGAGAAACUGUUGGCCAUGGGUCUGGUGGGGGACAGGAAGGAGCUCUACAAGAAAAGGGCCGGCAAAUCUGGGGCCAGGAGCAGGAGAAAGGGGUGUAACUCUGACGACAGUGGAGAUGAUGAUGAGGAUGUUGGAGUUCCACUGGUACCGCUGACGGAGGAAAAUGAGACGGCAAUGGAGGAUGAAGUGUUCUUGGACUUCUUGAAACGGCUAGGCAUCGCCCCUCCAGCAAAUGAACAGGAGGCAUUCUGGCGCAUCCCGGCAGGAAUCUCACCUGCUGAACUCAGAAACAUGGCUGACGGACUGGUUCUGGACGAAAAUGGUGAACCAGUCAAUGCAAGUAAAAUAAAAAUGAAAGCUCCUAGUGUGUCUAAGAAGCAAGUAGAAUCGUCCAGUUCUGAUGAUGAGGAUGCUGGUAACCGUGGUAACUUGUCUACAAAGGCUGGGAACCAAUCCAAAAAGAGUCGCCUUAGAAACAUGGCCGCCUCUGAAAGCGACAGAGGCGUGUUUUAUGGAAAAUAUGGUAAAUAUCAUUUGGAUAAAUUGCUGAAGACAUAUUUUUUCUUCAGUGACGUCGUCUCACUGAGACGUCAAAAGAAAGACAACUCUUCCAAUGACCAAGAUUCCUCUCACAAGACACAGUCGCCUGCCCCUAGCUCUCCCCCCAAAAUGUCCGCGAGCUCUUCACAGAAGAAAAGGAGGCUGAAAAAGAUUGUGGAUUCUUCAGACAGUGAUGAUGAUGUGCCAUUGAGAAGUUUGACCUCCCAGCAGGGUCACAUGCCAUCCUCAUCGGUGGUCACUCUGAACAGGUCUGACUUGCUGGAAGAAGAUGACAGCAAUAGCAAUGAUGUCAGGCACACAGAGGCAGGGGACCAAUCACUGGAAACAGAGAGUCACACAUCGAUAAGAAAGGCAGAGACAGGGGACCAAUCACAGGAAACAGAGAGUCACCCAUUUGCAAGGCAAAAAGAGACAGGAAAUCAAUCACAGGAAACAGAGAGUCAUCCAUUACUGUUCCUGUCCAGUAGUGAUGAAGGCAGUGACAUUGAAGACACCAAACAGACUGAAAAUAGGCCAGCGAGUUCAAACAGUAAAAGGUCAAGGUCGUCACGUUCGGGGUCAGAUUCUGAUGGGUCAAAGGUCACCCAGUCGAAGAAGAAAAUGAGGCUGGAAUCAUCGGGCAGCGACUCGGAGUCAAAACCAGAAGCGUCGUUCCCAGCCACACUGUACACGCAGGGCCCAGAGUCCGACUCCGAUCUAGACGACCACGUACCGCUUAGAAAGGCGAUUAAGAAACGCAACGCCAUCGACAGUGACGAUGAUUGAUGUGUAACAUAACCAGCUUACGGUGACUUUUUUGUUGUCAAUCAGUUCUAUGUAAUGUUUGGUUGAAAGUUGCUGCUGCUGAUAAUGAGUAGACGAUGCAGAUGAUGAUGACGACGACGAUGAGGAGGAUGACAAUGCAGAUAAUUAUGAAGAUUGUGACGAUAUAUGUGAAUAAAAAUUUUGCCAUAUUUAAAUUAAUGAGUGUUAUUAACAUGAAACUAUGAUAUUUACGAUGUACAGGUACAUGUUUUUGACAAUAUUUGUAAGUGCAUUUUCUUCUGAACUUCUUUCUUUUAGGGUUACACUUAUUGGUAUGUGUGGGCUUGUUUCCAUCUAUGGAUGCUACACAAAUAUUGGUAUGUGUGGACUUGUUUCCAUCUAUGGAUGCUAUACAAAUAUUGGUAUGUGUGGGCUUGUUUCCAUCUAUGGAUGCUAUACAAAUAUUGGUAUGUGUGGACUUGUUUCCAUCUAUGGAUGCUAUACAAUUAUUGGUAUGUGUGGGCUUGUUUCCAUCUAUGGAUGCUAUACAAAUAUUGGUCUGUGUGGGCUUGUUUCCAUCUAUGGAUGCUAUACAAAUAUUGGUCUGUGUGGGCUUGUUUCCAUCUAUGGAUACUAUACAAAUAUUGGUAUGUGUGGGCUUGUUUCCAUCUAUGGAUGUUGUAAUAUGGAUGAUCCUCGCUCUGGAAAAACCAGGCUUAAUGUAUGUGUGUAAAUUAUAGUCCCAGUUUAGCCUGCGCAGUCCACACAGGCUAAUCAGUGAUGACGAAACUUACCGACUUUGCUUUAUUUUCUUUUAGAAAAGACUUCAUGUAAAGAGAAAUGUCCAUAAAAGAGAGUUUUGUCUCACUGUUGCCUUUUCGGACUGCUCAGGAUAAUAGGGGACGACACUUAACGCACAUGCAGUAAGUCCAGAUCUCCUAGAGCGAAGCGGAAAUUAAUAAAACAUUUUACUAAAAAUUG